UGCCACAAAUGGCCGAACACGGGCAGUACGGUCUGUGCGGCACCAAAAUGAAUAAACAAUGAUGUUAGCUUGUCAUGUUUGGAAAUGUUUGUCGGCAGAAAAAAAAAAGUUUUUGCGAAAUUCAACUUGCCACUGUAGCAAAUCGUCGGAUUUCUUCGUCUGAGCUAGUAGAGCAGGCAUUUGAACUGUGGGUGACAGAUCUCUGCCUGGAUAAUGACGUCCAUCAUUAAACUUACCGCCGUGUCCGGCGUGCAGGAAGAAUCUGCUCUAUGCUACCUGUUACAGGUAGAUGAGUUCCGCUUCCUUUUGGACUGUGGCUGGGACGAGAGUUUCUCAAUGGAUAUCAUAGAUGCUAUGAAAAGGCAUGUCCACCAGGUCGAUGCUGUGCUUCUUUCCCACCCAGACCCCCUUCAUCUGGGUGCCUUGCCCUAUGCUGUUGGUAAACUGGGCCUCAACUGCACUAUAUACGCCACUAUACCUGUGUAUAAGAUGGGCCAGAUGUUCAUGUAUGACCUUUAUCAGUCUCGUCACAACACAGAAGACUUUACUUUGUUCACGUUAGAUGAUGUUGACUCAGCUUUUGACAAGAUCCAGCAGCUGAAAUACUCACAGAUUGUGAAUCUGAAAGGGAAAGGUCAUGGCCUGUCCAUCACACCACUACCUGCUGGUCACAUGAUCGGUGGGACCAUUUGGAAAAUAGUGAAAGAUGGUGAGGAGGAGAUCAUUUAUGCUGUGGACUUCAACCACAAGAGAGAAAUCCACCUGAAUGGCUGCUCCCUGGAGUCAAUCAGCCGGCCCUCCCUCCUCAUCACAGACUCCUUCAACGCCGCUUACGUGCAGCCUCGCAGGAAACAGCGAGACGAGCAGCUCCUCACGAAUAUCAUGGAGACGCUCCGCGGGGAUGGUAACGUUCUGAUCGCCGUGGAUACGGCGGGGCGUGUGCUGGAGCUGGCCCAGCUGCUCGACCAGAUCUGGAGGACGAAGGACGCGGGCCUGGGCGUGUACUCCCUGGCCCUGCUCAACAACGUCAGUUACAACGUGGUGGAGUUCUCCAAGUCCCAGGUCGAGUGGAUGAGUGACAAGCUGAUGAGGUGCUUCGAGGACAAGAGGAACAACCCCUUCCAGUUCCGCCACCUGUCUCUGUGCCACAGCCUGUCGGACCUGGCACGGGUGCCCAGCCCCAAGGUGGCGCUGUGCAGCCAGCCCGACCUGGAGUCUGGCUUCUCCCGAGAGCUCUUCAUCCAGUGGUGCCAGGACUCGAAGAACUCCAUCAUCCUCACGUACCGCACCACCCCGGGCACCCUGGCCCGCUACCUCAUAGACAACCCCGGAGAGAAGAUGAUAGACCUAGAGAUAAGGAAAAGGACCAAGCUGGAGGGUCGGGAACUGGAGGAAUAUUUGGAGAAGGAGAAAAUGAAGAAAGAAGCUGCUAAAAAACUUGAACAAGCAAAAGAGGCGGACGUGGACUCGAGCGACGAGAGCGACAUGGAGGACGACAUAGAGCAGCCGGCCGUGGCGAAGACCAAGCACCACGACCUGAUGAUGAAGGGCGAGGGCGGCCGCAAGGGCAGCUUCUUCAAGCAGGCCAAGAAGUCCUACCCCAUGUUCCCUGCGCCCGAGGAGCGCAUCAAGUGGGACGAGUACGGGGAGAUCAUCAGGCCAGAGGAGUUCCUGGUUCCUGAGCUGCAGGCCACGGAGGAGGAGAAGAGCAAGCUGGAGUCGGGCCUGGCCAACGGGGACGAGCCCAUGGACCAAGACCUGUCCGACGUGCCCACCAAGUGCACGUGCGCCACGGAGACCCUGGAGAUCAAGGCGCGGGUCACGUACAUAGACUACGAGGGCCGCUCGGAUGGUGACUCCAUUAAGAAGAUCAUAAACCAGAUGAAGCCCAGGCAGCUGGUGGUGGUACGCGGCCCUCCGGAGGCCAGCCAGGACCUGGCCGAGUCCUGCAAGGCCUUCAGCGGCAAAGACAUCAAAGUGUACACCCCCAAGCUUCAGGAGACCGUGGACGCCACCAGCGAGACGCACAUCUACCAGGUAAGGCUGAAGGACUCGCUGGUCAGCUCUCUGCAGUUCUGCAAGGCCCGAGACACAGAGCUGGCGUGGAUCGACGGCGUGCUGGACAUGCGCGUGGUGAAGGUGGACACGGGCGUGCUGGCGGAGGAGGGUGACGGCCGGGAUGAGGCCGAGGACGGCGAGCUCGCCAUGGACACUGCCCCCGACCUGGUGGCGGAGCCCAGCGCCGCGGCGACGCAGCGAGCUAUGAAGACGCUGUUCGGCGAGGACGAGAGGGAGCUCUCGGAGGAGAACGAUGUCAUCCCGACGCUGGAGCCCCUGCCAACUACUGAGACGCCGGGCCACCAGGCAGUUUUCAUCAACGAGCCCCGCCUCUCCGACUUUAAACAGGUCCUGCUAAGGGAGGGCAUCCAGGCGGAGUUUGUGGGCGGAGUCCUCGUCUGUAACAACCUGGUGGCUGUGCGCAGGACGGAGGCUGGCCGUAUAGGGCUGGAGGGGUGCCAGUGUGAGGAUUAUUACCGGAUCCGGGACCUGCUGUAUCAACAGUACGCUGUGGUAUAGCGCUCCUCUCUACAGGGGCCUGUGGAUGCCCAAGCCCCGAGCCACGUCCCCGUUUCUUAUUUUUGUAGUCUCUGCGUUUGUUUUUAUGGCUUGUUUACUCCGCGGUGCGUGGCAGAUGCUUUCCCAGAAUGGACUCUCUGUCCGAGCACGCUCAGUAAGACCUCUCGGUUCCUGAACUCCAGACUUGCACACGUUGCCAAAAUGUUGAGAAAAACAUUCAUGUAGCGUUGUCUGAAGUGGAGACAAAUUAAGACUUUUUUUUUUUUUUUAAUCUUUUGUUGUCUUCUGAUAAAAUUACUUUGUUGGAAUGAAAAAAAAAUGUGUCAUGUUUGUUCUAAUUCGAUGGGAUUUGGCUAGACCCCAACUUUGUGUUUGACCACCAGAGAGCGCUGUUUUCCAGUUGUAGCUGCUGGCCUUAUGGUUGGGUGCAGUAAGACUUGAAUGUUAGCUUGCAUCGCUUCCUCUUAUUGGCUCUAUGCCACAGUAAGCAAAUUUACCGGCUGACACACUGAUGGCAGUACAUUUUUCAAAGACAUCUCCGGUCACUGAAUCCAGAGUUUGAGGCUUUGCCUUUGGAAUGUUUUGUUUUAAAGAUGAAACCCACCUGCUUUCUUUAAUGUAUGCUAAUAACUGACCUAAUGUAUACCAGUGGUAACCAGCCCUCUAGUUCAGGGUUUUUCAGCCUUUGUGACUGGUACUUGCUUUUGACGUAGAUAAGUGUAGAAAACUUUGCUUUGCAGAGCCAUGUUAAGUUCAGGGUACUCUUGAGUUUUGCCAGUUCAGGGUCUGCCUUGACUGACAGCCAAAACUGGUAGUGCGGUUCAAGACUGCCUUUAAUGAUCAGCCACUUCAGAAGAGAGUCCUGCUGAUCUGAUGAUAGUUGGCACCCCGCACUGGUGAUGAAGGGAUUACAAACCCAGUCACACUGCUUCUGUGUUCAAUGCUCAGGAACAUAUUUCUAAACAUGUCAGGAAGUUUGUUUGAAGAGUGAUUUCUUUUGUAAUAGCAUUCCAGCCAAGUUCAUGUUCAGUUACAAAUUCCUUCAAGAUGGAGAACAUAUCCACAUGUCCUUCCCUGACCUGUCUUCUGUCACUCGCGUUUUCUCACAAGCCUUUCCAUUUGAUCAGACGUUAGCAUGUCAGAAUUUGGGCACUGAGUGAUAAAUUAAAGCGUAUCUAAUCAGUCGAUAAUCAGGCGGUGACAAACAAGUAUUCCUGCUCUAGGAGACAACAUUCUAGACAUUCUCUAGCAGGCAAAUAAUUAAUUUAUUAAGAUUAUAGAGUAGUUUUACAGCUGUUUAAAUAUUUUCCUGUGGGUGUUUUAAUCUAAAAUUAUAUUAUCUAGUACCCCCUUGAUAGAUUCCCUGAGGG